CUAAGAACUUACUAUAUAUAUUGGGUACCUUGUUACAUUCAUACACACACUCAACUAAGUUUCUAUAUAGUCAUCACUUCUUCAUAGUCAACCAAUGGAAUUUUCGCGUCUUUCUAUUUUAGCUCUAUUUUGUUUGGUUUUUGUGAGAAUUGGUGCAUCACCACUGUCUGCUGAAGAUUAUUGGCAAUCUGUUUGGCCUAACACUCCUCUGCCAAAGGCUUUCUCUGAUCUAUUGUUGCCUUAUGGAAGAACUCACAGUCUACCCAUCAGAGCUGAAGAAAUUAAUCAAUACUCAACACUCUUUUUCGAACAUGAUCUCUAUCCUGGGAAGAAAAUUACCUUGGGUAAUAGUCAAUCUUUGGGAAAGAUAGUACGACCAUUCACAAAACCAACACAAGGUGUCACUGACUCCAUAUGGUUGACAAAUAAAAAGAGACAAAGUCUUGAUGAUUUUUGUGCGAGUCCAACGGCUACAGGAGAACAUAAACAUUGUGUAUCAUCCUUGGAAUCAAUGGUUGAUCAUGUCAUUUCACAUUUUGGGACGACAAAGAUUAAGGCAAUUUCAAGUACCUUUGGCCAAAAUCAAGACCAAUAUGUUGUUGAGGAAGUGAAAAGAGUUGGAGACAAUGCAGUAAUGUGUCACAGAUUGAAUUUCGAAAAAGUUGUGUUCAAUUGCCACCAAGUGCAAGCAACAACCGCUUACGUAGUCUCAUUGGUAGCCCCUGAUGGAACUAAAGCUAAGGCUUUAACAGUUUGUCACCAUGAUACAAGAGGUAUGAAUCAUGAAUUGCUUUAUGAAGCUCUCAAAGUUGACCCUGGAACUGUCCCUAUUUGCCAUUUCAUCGGCAAUAAGGCUGCUGCUUGGGUACCUAACUUUUCUGAUGACCAUUUAUGUGCCAUCUAGAUGCUAACUUCUUGUGCACAUCAUCUCUCUUUCAAUAACUUCAUGUUAAGACCAUGGUUGAAAUAUGAGCAUUUUCCACUUCAUGGAACCCUCAUGUUCAAACUAGGAUUGUUUUAUUAAAGUUAUGUAUGUAUGUAUGGAGAAAUGUGUUGUGCAAGUAUGGAAUUUCGGGUAUUUCAAAUAAAACUAGUUCUAUUUAGAACUGUAUGUGUAUGUGUGCAUGUGUUGGGAGCUUGGUAUCCUAUAGGCAGUACACUAAUGUAAGUUGAACUUGAUAAUAAUGAGAAAAGGGAGUUGUAGCUGAUA